UAAACGUGGCAUCCGCUGUACACAAAGAUGGCGGCGGAAAGGAACGUUCGCAAACUGGUGUUGUAGCUCCGGUCGCAAUGCAGAAAAACACUUAUAGUUAAUGUAAAUUCAUAUAGUAUGUAUAUUUAGAGGUGUUGUGUUUAUGAAAAUGGCUGCGUGGGCCGGGUUUUCUGAAGAGGAACUGCGGAGGAUACAGCAGAAAGGCGAGCCGAAUGAGAAUGUUAUGGCUUCACUGGGCCGCGGCAGGAGAUCCGCUCCUACUAACCGGAGCAGGCAGCAGCUGCAGCGGGAGAAAGCGCUACAGAUGGCCGCCAAACAGAAAGCGACUCUUGUCGACUCUCCGCUGCCUCCUGAGCAGCAGCUACAACCAGCUCCUCCACCUCCACCCACACCACCAGCUUCAUGCCCAACUAAUCCGGACAUAUUACCAAAGCAAGAUAUAAAACAGGCGGAACCCGACUCUGUGACACCCAACCCUGAAGAUCCUGCAGCAGUGAAGGAACUGGACAAACAGGAAGUGGAAUUACGAGAGAAGACCCGUCUGCAGCACCUCCAAUGGGAGCAGCGAAUCAUGGAAGAGAAGAAUAAAAGAACCAAAGCCCUCCUCGCUAAGACCAUUGCUGAAAAGUCGAAGCAGACGCAAGCCGAAGUGUUGAAACUGAAGAAAAUUCAAAAGGAGCUUCAGGUUCUGGAUGAUGCCGUGUCUACCGAUAUCGGUGUCCUGAGGAGUCUGAUCGAGCAGGCCAGUCUGGAGUAUUCUAUCGCAUGGAAGCGGUUGGAAAAGGCCGAGGCCGAGUACGUGGCAGCCAAGCUCGACCUGCACAAGAAGACCGAGUCUAAGGAGCAGCUGACCGAGCACCUCUGUGCCAUCAUCCAGCAGAACGAGCUGCGCAAGGCAUGUAAACUGGAGGAGCUAAUGCUGCAGCUGGAGCUUAACACGGAGCAGGAGCCGGCGCAGUCCAAGGCGGACCUGGAGGAGGGGUGUGGCCAGAGAGAAAACCCCGCCCACACCAUGCCGGUCAGCAAGACUGAAAUCCAAAGUGACAGUCCGAUUCAAACAGACUGCACAAAUAUUAAUACAGGGAACGCAGUGAGCGUGACAAGCGAAGGGCAGAAGAAGGAAAUGCUCCGAGCGACGGCGAGUGCUGAGGGCUAAACUCAUUCUUUAUUACACACACACACACACACACACACACACACACACACACACACACACACACACACACUACAUCGAUAAUAUGGAAGUACAAUUGAACUAUUAGUAAUGAUCGUAGUAGUAUUUAUUCUGGUGGAGGGGAAAAGAAGAAAUUGGGUGCCGGAUAAAGGUUUUAUCGAUAUAAUAAUAAAAAAAUGUAUAUACUCUA